CUAAAAGCCACUUUAUUCUGUGGCUAAAAUAGAGACGAAAAUAGUAUCAUCAUCCCUUUGACUUAAAAAUAAAGUAGACAUAUUCGAUACAUUGACCUAGAAUCAACCAAUCAGAAGAGUGAAUUUUACUAAUAGUAGGUGAGAAACAGCGAAUAGGUUAUUUGUGUUCAUUCAUAAUUUUCAAUAAAUGUCAAGUGUAAAGUUAAUAAUAGAAGGUAUGGUAUUCACCACCCCCAGGUACUAUUAUUAUUCAUUAUUAGCUAUAUACUAAAAGAUGAGAAUGUAAAAUGACCAAAUAAAUAGUUAACUUAUCGAAUGUAUUCAAGGUCAAACAAAGUACUUCAGCCAUUUGAAAUACACAAUUCUGGAUUGAUAUCUUUAAAUGUUCUAUGUUGUGUAGCAUGAAUACCGCUGGGUCGUUGAAUCCCAUAAUUCCAAAUCAAAAUGAUAUUCAUACGAACUUAUUGUAUAGAAGGGAUUUACUUGACUAUAUAUUAAAUUAUAUGAAUAGUAACCGGAUGGAUGUUAUAUGCUCAAACUCAUUUAUAAUGGAUUCUUUGUUAAAUUUCAAUUCACAAUUAAAUCAUAACACUGUAUUACAUAAUAAUCAGUUCUACUCAACUUUGAUCCCUUAUUUAUUUCCUGUGGAUUUAAAUUUUAAUUCAUUGCAGCAGCAACAACAUCAAAAUCAUCAGAUACAAAAUUGUACUAAUAAUUGGUUGGUGGGUAAUGAUCAUAUCAAUAAUAACGGUAAUAAUACUUCGGAUCCAACAUUAAUGUACCUUGCAGUAGCUACCCAAUGUAUUCUACGCUAUUUCUUAACAACACAUAAUUAUCAACAAACUUUAUAUCUCAAUUCAUUUCUUCAUUCCAAUUAUUCAUCAACAUCAGCUACAUAUAAUAAUACAAGUAGUCAGAAUGAUGAUAUCUUCUUUGAAUCACCUAAGAAUACAUUAGAAUCCAAUUCCAGAUUAUUAAUUCAUAAAUACUUAGAAAUAGAUCAUUGUAAUACAAUUAAAAUAAAUGAGAAUUCAUCAAUUACACCACGUAUAAAACGUUAUAAAUGUACAUAUCCUAAUUGUACAAAAGCAUAUUAUAAACGUUCUCAUUUAAAUGAACAUUAUCAUUUACAUACUGGUGCUAAACCACAUUUAUGUAAUCAACCUGGUUGUAAUGCACGUUUUACACGUGCUGAUCAAUUAUCACGUCAUAGACGUGCACAUACUGGUGAACGUAAUUUUCAUUGUAAUGUUUGUUUAAAACGUUUUAAACGUAGUGAUCAUUUAAAAGUACAUUUAACUAGAAAUGUAUGUACAAAAUUUAAUUUAUAAACUGUUUUUUUCUAUAUAUUUCAAAAAAAAUAAGUACCUAUUAAUGUUUUCUUUUUAUCUCUCUCCCUCUCUCUUGAAGUCACUAACUUCUAGCCUAAGCCAUGUUAGU